AUGGCAGGAGAAGGGGGUCAAAUUAAAGAAGAAGGGCAGACAAUUUGUACCACAGAGCUAAUGACGAAGGAAAAGGAGGACAUGAUGAAGAAAGAGUUGUUCACAAUGGCCAUGAAUGGCCAAUGGGAUCAAAUUGUGGAGGCAUAUACGCGUGAAGCACGUGCUCACGUGAUGAGGAUCACCAAGGCAGGGGACACAGCUUUACACAUAGCUAUCUCUCAGGGGAAUGAACAGAAAGUCAAAGACCUUGUACAACAAAUUACAAAUCCACAAGUACGAAGCAAAGUCAAAGAGGCUCUUGAAAUUAAAAACGAUAGAGGGAAUACCCCACUCCAUAUUGCUGCAUCAAAGGGGAAUGUGAGCAUGUGUAAAUGCAUUGCAAACGUUCAUCAACAGUCCGUGGGUGUUCCUAAUGGGGACGGGGAGACCCCUUUUUUCUUAUCAGUGCUCCAUGGUAAAAGAGAAGCCUUCUUCUGUCUACACGAUAUCUGUGGCGUCGAGAACGGCUAUAAAUAUUCCAGGAGGAAAGACGGUGACACCAUUCUUCAUUGUGCCAUCGCUAGAGACUACUUUGAUUUGGCAUUUCAAAUAACUCACUCGUAUCAGAAUCUGGUAAACUAUAAGAAUGAGCAAGGAUUCACUCCUCUCCAUGUACUAGCCAGCAAGCCUUCGGCUUUCAGAAGCGGCAGCCUACUUCGAGGAUACAACAGAAUAAUUUAUCACUGCAUAUUUGUGGAUAAUCUCCAGGUGGAAACUUCAUCUCAUCACCAAACAAAGGGAACAAAAGGACCCGUUGACAAGAAGGAUCUGGAUGUUCCAGAGAACUACAGAACGUGCACAAACUUCUUCAAAUUGUUUUGGGAUAUUAUUAAAGCUGUCACAUUCCAAUUAAGAUGGAAUGGGGAGCAAACAGACGCAGAGAACCCGGAAGGACAUCCAGGGCAUCAAUUAGUUCCAGCUAAUUAUAGAACCUGCUUUGAAUUUGCCAAGCUUGCAUCCCUGGGAAUGCUGAUCAGUCUUGGAUUUGGAUUUAACACAAUAAGAAAGAUAGAGCAAAAGAAACAGAAGCACAAAUGGGCCGUUCAAGUCUUGCAUGCUCUUCUAACUCGUACUUCAGCAUACGAAUAUCAUGCUGGGGCGGAACCCAAGCAAGAAAUUAUAUCCAAACAAGAGGGAGACACAUUGCCUUACGCAGUUAUGUCGGGUUGCGUCACCCUUCACAACGUCACAGAAUUACCAACGACAAGUAACGAGAAGGAAAAAAGGGCUCCUGGAAUGGAAGUGGAACCGACUGAUAUUGCAGGAAAAAUUCUUGCACUUCUUCGGGAUGCAGGCUCCACACACUACCUAGAUCAUGAUCAGAAGAAGAAUACGACGCACUCCGUAGAUGGGAAGGAAAAAACACCAGAUCAAACUACGAAGGAAAACCCAAUUACAGAAAUAGCAAAGAAGCUGGACACUCCCAUAUUGAUUGCAGCUAAAAAUGGCAUCACUGAAAUUGUUGAUGAAAUCCUCAAGUAUUUUCCGGUCGCCAUCGACGACUUGAAUGUAGACAAGAAGAACAUAGUGCUGUUGGCGGUGGAGAACCGGCAACCAAAUGUAUAUCAACUCUUGCUAACAAGAAAAGAUCUUCAGAAAGAGAGUGUGUUUGGGCAAGUGGAUAACGAAGGGAAUAGUGCCCAGCAUCUUGCGGCAAGGCUUGGAGACUACAAGCCUUGGCGAAUUCCUGGAGCAGCUUUGCAAAUGCAAUGGGAAAACAAGUGGCAUGAGUAUGUCAAGAAUUCUAUGCCCCUCAACUUCUUCCCUCGCCAUAACAAUCAGGGCGAGACCCCAAGGGAUUUAUUCACCAAAACCCACAAGGACCUUGUCAAAAAUGGAAGUGAGUGGCUAACCAACACAUCUCAAUCCUGCUCUGUCGUCGCUGCACUUAUUGCCACCGUGGCCUUCGCCAGCGCCAACACUAUACCUGGAGGCUUCAACGAGGAUACUGGCAUUCCAGUGCUCCAAAACAAGCCUGGAUUUGACCUAUUCGCCAUCUCAUCACUUGUUGCGCUCUGCUUCUCGCUCACAGCCUUGGUCAUGUUCCUCGCCAUCUUAACAUCACGAUACGAAGAAACAGAUUUUGGCAAGCACUUGCCGAGGAAACUCUUGCUAGGGUUAACAUCUUUGUUCGUGUCCAUAGCAGCAAUGCUGCUUUCAUUCUGUGGGGGCCACUUCUUUGUGCUAAAGGAGGAACUGAAAUUUGCAGCAUUUCCAGUUUAUGCAGUGACAUGCUUGCCGGUAACGUUUUUUGCUGCGGCACAAUUUCCGCUAUAUUUUGAUCUUUUGCGUGCUACCUUUUCGAAGGUGCCACAACGAAGCUCCAAGAUCGUUCACUGA